GGGGAGGCGGCGGGGCAGGGCCUGGGUAUGAGGCCGGGCGGUGAGCGGAGCGCGGGUGGCGGCGGCGGCGAUGAGCGACAUUGUGGAGAAGACGCUGACGGCGCUGCCGGGACUCUUCUUGCAGAACCAGUCGGCUAGCGGGCCCGCGGCCGCCAAGGCGUCCUUCUCCUCCCGACUGGGCAGCCUGGUCCGCGGCAUCACCGCUCUCACCUCCAAGCACGAGGAAGAGAAAUUAAUCCAGCAGGAACUGAGUAAUCUGAAAGCAACUGUUUCUGCUCCUACUACAACUCUGAAAAUGAUGAAGGAAUGUAUGGUGAGACUUAUAUAUUGUGAAAUGCUUGGAUAUGAUGCUUCCUUUGGUUACAUACAUGCAAUCAAGUUGGCACAACAAGGAAACCUUUUAGAAAAAAGAGUAGGUUAUUUGGCUGUUUCUUUAUUUCUACAUGAAAGUCAUGAACUGUUGCUUCUCCUUGUGAAUACAGUUGUAAAGGACUUGCAGAGCACUAACCUAGUAGAAGUAUGUAUGGCACUUACUAUCGUCAGCCAGAUUUUCCCUCGAGAAAUGAUUCCAGCUGUUCUUCCAUUAAUAGAAGAUAAACUUCAACAUUCUAAGGAGAUUAUACGAAGAAAAGCUGUCCUAGCAUUAUAUAAAUUCUAUCUUAUCGCUCCUAAUCAAGUACAGCAUAUCCAUAUUAAGUUUCGGAAAGCACUUUGUGACAGAGAUGUUGGUGUCAUGGCUGCAUCCUUGCACAUAUACCUUAGGAUGAUUAAGGAGAAUUCAUCUGCAUAUAAAGACUUGACUGGGAGUUUUGUAACAAUUUUGAAGCAAGUGGUUGGAGGAAAACUCCCUGUAGAUUUCAAUUACCACAGUGUACCAGCACCAUGGUUACAAAUUCAGCUGUUGAGAAUACUAGGACUUCUAGGAAAAGAUGAUCAAAGGACAAGUGAAUUAAUGUAUGAUGUUCUCGAUGAAUCCUUACGAAGAGCUGAGUUAAAUCACAAUGUCACAUAUGCUAUUCUGUUUGAAUGUGUACAUACAGUCUAUUCUAUUUAUCCUAAAUCGGAAUUACUUGAGAAGGCUGCCAAGUGCAUUGGAAAAUUUGUUUUGUCACCUAAAAUAAAUCUCAAAUAUUUAGGAUUGAAGGCUCUUACCUAUGUUAUCCAACAGGAUCCCACUCUGGCUCUUCAACACCAGAUGACAAUAAUUGAAUGCUUAGACCAUCCUGAUCCCAUUAUUAAAAGAGAGACUCUGGAACUUCUUUACAGAAUUACUAAUGCACAGAAUAUAACAGUGAUUGUCCAGAAAAUGCUUGAAUAUUUACAUCAGAGCAAAGAAGAAUAUAUUAUUGUCAAUUUGGUUGGCAAAAUAGCUGAGACUGUGGACACAUAUGCUCCUGAUAAUGCGUGGUUUAUUCAGACAAUGAAUGCUGUAUUUUCAGUGGGAGGAGAUGUUAUGCAUCCUGAUAUUCCCAAUAACUUUCUGAGACUGCUAGCAGAAGGUUUUGAUGAUGAAACAGAAAAUCAACAAUUAAGGCUCUAUGCAGUUCAGUCUUAUUUCACUUUACUAGAUGUGGAAAAUGUGUUCUACCCACAGAGAUUUCUUCAAGUUAUGAGUUGGGUUUUAGGGGAGUAUUCCUACCUCUUAGAUAAGGAAACGCCAGAGGAAGUUAUAACCAAGCUCUACAAGUUACUUAGAAGUGACUCCAUUUCUUCAGAAACAAAAGCCUGGAUAAUUGCUGCUGUGACCAAGUUGACACCUCAAGCACACUCUUCUAAUAUAGUUGAGAGAUUAAUCCAGGAAUUUACCACAUCUUUGGAUACUUGUUUGAGACAGCAUGCAUUUGAAUUAAAACAUUUGCAUGAGAAUGUGAAAUUUAUGAAGGGCUUGCUUCCAGUUGAUAAGAGUUGUGAAGACAUGGUGGUAGAUGCUUCCUUAUCUUUUCUGGAUGGUUUUGUGGCUGAAGAACUAAGUCAGGGGGCAGCACCUUACAAACCUCAGCACCAACGGCAGGAGGAAAAGCUUUCUCAGGAAAAAGUUCUCAGUUUUGAACCAUAUGGACUCUCCUUUUCUUCAUCUGGCUUCUCUGGACGACAGUCUCCUGCUGGCAUUUCUCUUGGUUCAGAUAUAUCUGGGAAUAGUACAGAGACCGGGCUAAAAGAGACAAAUAGCUUGAAGCUGGAAGGUAUAAAGAAAUUGUGGGGGAAAGAGGGCUAUCUUCCCAAGAAGGAAAGCAAAACUGGUGAUGAAACAGAAGCUCUGCCAGUCCCUCAAGAGAAUAUAAUAAUGGAGAAUGUAGAUCAAAUUAUAACAAAAAACGAUCAAUCUCAAGCCCUUACCCAAUCUAAAGAAGAGAAAGAAAAGCAGCUGCUGGCAUCAUCAUUAUUUGUUGGGCUAGGAUCAGAAAGUACAAUCAAUUUGCUAGGAAAAGCAGAUACCCUUUCUCACAAGUUCAGAAGGAAAUCAAAAGUCAAGGAAACCAAAAGCGGGCAAACAACCACUGCUCAAAAUAUGACCUGUUCUUCCUUUAGUUCUUCAUCAAAUGUGGCUUAUGAAGAAGACUAUUAUUUGGAUCAUUUGCAGGAUAGAGGAGACAAAGAAGUAAAGAAAUUUUCUCUUAAUUCAGAACUUUUAGAUUCUGAGUCACUCACAGAACUGCCCUUGGUUGAGAAAAUCUCAAAUUGCAGGCUGUCUACACCCUCUUUGUUUGCUGAUAACAACAUGGAAGUUUUUCACCCUCCUCAGUCCACUGCAGCCUCAGUUGCCAAUGAAAUCUCUUUAGCUGUUUCUUUGUUGGAAGAAACUACUGAACACAUGCAUUCAGAUCUUAUCGAGGUCUGUAAUAAUGAAACCAUAUCAGUGUCUUCUUACAAAAUUUGGAAAGAUGAGUGUUUGUUGAUGGUCUGGUCAGUUUUUAAUAAGAGUGCUUCAGAACUGAAAAGUGCUAACUUAGAAAUUGCUCCUGCAGAAAAUUUCAAGAUCACUGAGCAACCUGGAUGCUGCUUGCCUGUAAUAGAAGCAGAAAGCACCAAAAACUUUCAAUACAGUGUGCAGAUGGAAAAACCUUUUACAGAAGGGAAUCUUUCUGGUUUUAUAAAUUAUCAAGUGAUGGAUACUCAUUCUGUUCAGCUCGAAUUUUCAGUAAACUUAUCACUAUUAGAUUUCAUUAGGCCAUUAAAAAUCUCGACUGAAGACUUUGGUAAACUCUGGUUAUCCUUCGCAAAUGAUGUGAAACAAAAUGUGAAGAUGUCAGAAUCACAAGCUGCUCUGCCUUCUACCUUAAAGGCCCUGCAACAGGAACUAAGACUUCAUGUUGUUGACAUUAUAGGCAAUGAAGGGCUGUUGGCCUGUCAGCUGCUCCCAUCCAUCCCCUGCUUGCUGCAUUUCCGAGUUCAUGGUGACAUGUUAGCCCUGUGGUUCAGAUCCUCCUGCUCUACUCUUCCUGAUUAUUUACUGUAUCAGUGUCAAAAGGUUAGAGCAUGGAUCGAUCCUCAGGUGCCUGUCCCUAUCCCCUGCUUUCAUCCUGGCCUGACCAGAGCAUUCAAAGCAGAGUGCUUUGUUUCUGUAUUCCUCUCCUCAAGAUGCAAGAAACACGGUAAGUCAGGUGGUGACUUAGUGUCCAAAGACUCUGAGUCUCCUGGCCAUCUCUGUAUUGUGUAUCCUAAAACACAAAGCUAGAUCAGAAAUGGUAUUUGGAUCUCACUGAUGCCUCUUGUUGGCUAUACUGUGUAGCAGAAAAAAUGUUCUGAGACUUGAAACCCCAUCUUUGGGCCACAGAAGGUAAAGGAGGUUUAAAUGCCUCACACCCACUGCAGUAACUAAAAAGAAGGGUGGCCUGCAGCCAAAUGGACUGGAGUUAAUGAUUAUAUGGAAAUUACUCGUUAUGUGUGUGCAUAAUGAGAGACAUGAGCUUUUUAUGGUUAGGAACCAGGUGUGUAUUUUUAUGUCCCUUUUGCCUGGUACCUGACAGUCACGCAGUUUAUUGAAUGAAUGACUGAAGAGACCUGUUCCCUCAAAAUAAGUAAUCUGAGACCACGUAACAUCCAGGGAUUGAUUUAAGUGAUCCUGUGGCUCUCCCAGAAAUAAAGAAAAGUGAUCUGAUCUGGUUUAAAGAUAUAAGUCAGCAGAAAAGCGUUCUAGUGAAAAUAGCUCGUGCCAGUUUGAACCAGGUAGGAGAGAGAAAAUACGACCACUUGAUGAGAACCUUACCAGCUUAAGGCUAAGUCCCAUGAUAAUUUGCCAUGUCAUUUAAGAGAUCUCUGCAAAUGCAGUGUGAUUACAGCUAGAAGUUAUGACUUGGCGAAUGGGGACUUUGAUGUCCACGAAGUUUUACUGGUCUAGAAGAACUUGUUCUAGGACAGGAAGCAGUAGACAUUUGGUCAGUGAAGUUAAAGAUAGGGAGCUAGUGAAUAUGAUAAGGCAGAUUUACCAGCUAUAUUAGUAUCACUUAUUUCUUUAUCAAAGUAAGAACUGAUAAUGGGAGAGACAACUGUAUUGACAUUAAUAAUGUCAAUAGUGUCAGGAAAGUUGGGAAAGAACUGGCCCUCUGGGAUGAAGCACAGGAAAAGGAGUUAUUUAAAAGGAAAUGUGUCUCAUUUGCAUCACAUGGGAAACUUUAUGGAUCCAGGAUAGGAGGAUACCCACAAAAAUGAAUCCCAGAAAACUGUGAAAACUUAAAGAUUGUGGCUUGGAUGCAGAGCAGAUGGGCCUACGAGUGGGGAGGGUCAAACAUGUUUACCUAUAAUGCUGAAAAAAUAAUGGGUCCUUGUAAGUGGUUGCAGCUAGUUUAUGGGCUUUUUUCCAAGAGAGGGAAUCAAUUUCCUUUACUUAUUUUAAACUGUUUUCCUAAGUGGAUGCAUACUUUUCCUUUCUUAAAACAUUAAGUUGCCAAUGUGACUAAAUGGCUGACUUCAGGAAGUUUUUUCCCUGAUGGGGUCUGACAGGACUUAUGCCAAAUGGUUAGAGACUAGAGUCUAGAGAUUAUUUGUGCUUCAGUGAGAGAAAAGUGAUUAGAAAUUUGUUUGCACAUCUUCUCCACCCUUUAUAUUAUGUGACAAAUAGGAACAGAGGCAAGGCUUAUAUAUUCUUAGGGAGAGGCAUUUGGUCUGACUUGCUACCACAUAAUUUAAUAAAGGUAAGGGCAAUAUCAGUGACUAGAACAAACUGGUCCUCAUUGAUGAUGGAUAUCAAGAUGUAAGAAUUUAAUUUUUUCAUCUUAGUUGAUGGUUGAUGGGGUUAAAUAGAAGAGUUUUUGUGAUAUAUGGGAAAGGUGAAAUGAUUUGAACCCAAAUAUUGGACGAGUCUUCACCUACAGAAGUGAUAGGAGUGUCUUUUGUUACUCAUAAGGAGCCUUUUUGAGCACCCCUGAGUUAAUGCUAUUGAGGUGACUUUGGAGUGGAGCCCACACACAGCCUCAGAAAGGGGCUGGUCAUCAGAGAGACCAAGUGAUUAGACAGUUAAAACUUUCAGCCCUACCCACUGACCUCUAGGAAGGGGAAGGUUUGGGGGCUGGAGAUUAAGCUCUAAAAAAACUAUUGAACAAAGGGAUUUGAUGAGCUUCUGUGUUGGUGAAUGCAUCACAUCCUGGGAGGGGACACACCCCAGUUCUAAUGAGGACAGAAAUUCCUGUGCUUGGGACGCUUCUGUUUCUCAGUCUAUGUACCUCUUCAUCUGGCUGUUCAUCUGUAUCCUUUAUAUUAAUAUCCUUUAUAAUAAACUGAUAAACGUAAGUAAGUGUUUCUCUGAAUUCUGUGAGCCACUCUAGCAAAUUAAUUGAACCGGAGAAGUGGGUUGUGGGACCUUCCAGUUUAUAGUCAUUGGGUCAUUAGCAUAGGUGACAACCUGGACUUGUGAUUGGUGUCUGAAGUGGGGCAGUCCUGUGAAACAGCCUUUAAUUUCUAAGAUCUGGUGCCAUCUCCAGGUAGAUAGUGUCAGAAUUGAGUUAAUUUGUAGGACAGCCAGUGUGUCCACUUAGAAUUGGAAUUGCUUGGUGGUGUGGGGAAAAAAAUGCAUCAAUUGACCAAAAAAAAAAAAAGUACAUAUUUAGGUUGUGCAGUGUGAUUUUUUCAAGUUGUCCAACAUGAUGAUUUAAUAUAUAUUGUGAAAUGAUGACCACAAUCAAGUUAAUUAACACAUCCAUCACUUCACAUAGUUACUUUUGUGUGUGUGUGUGGUGAGAACGCUUAAGGUCCUAGCAAAUUUCAAGUAUACAACAUGAAUACUACUAAGUAUAGUCACCAUGCUAUCCACUAGACUGGGGACCUUUUUAAAAUCCCAUACCCUAGACCAUAAUCGGAUUCUCUGAGGGGUCAGACAUAGGCUCCAGUUAUUUUUUAACUCCAAAGGUAAUUAUAACAUGCAGCGAAGUUUGAGAAGCCCAGUUUUAGAUGCUAUCUCACCCCAUGCUUCCUCAGUGGGAUUUUUAUUUUGGUUGUGUUUUCCCCACACUCCUUCCUGCAAUGGGGAUUGAUUAAAAGUAAUUAGCUAUUGAGUGGGAGGUAAGUAAUGGCAUUAUUUGGAAAGAUUGGGUAGGUACAGAGGAGGAAUCUUGUGUGAAUAUAUAAAAAGCUGUAGGUCCUAUGGCAGUAUCAGCUUAGUGUUUGAAUUUAGCAGGCUUAGGUUUGCUCUUAAAAUGAUAGCGUGGUAGGAUUUGAGAGAUGAGGGUCUCUCAAGUCCGAGUGGGAAAGUACAGUAGAAGUCAUUAGGUAACUUGCAAAUUGAAGUUGGAUCGUCAAAUUUUAAUUCUUGGCUUCACUAAUUACUAAUUUGUGCCUUUGGGAAAAUUACUUAAGCACUCUGUGCCCCAGUUCUCAUCUGUAUAAUGGGGAUAAUAAUAAUACCUACCUUAUAGGUUUACUGUGAAAUGAGAUAAUGCACAUAGUGGUUCAUGUGAUCAUCAUCUUACCAGUUUCUUAUAUCAGCUUAUUAACAUCAUUAUGGAAAAAAAGAAAAAAGAGGGGACAGUAAAGAUGAAGGAAAGAGAGGGUCCAGAUAAAAGUGAGGAAAUUUAGCAGUCAGAAAACAUCAGAAAGCAAGUUGCCAUAUUUUUUAACAUUAUAGAAAAAACAGAAAAAGAAAGCUUUGUGAAGUUAGAAAAGCUAUUUUCAAGUAUGUCUCUAAAUAUUUAGGAAAAUAAUUUUAUAAAAAUAUAAGCAACAGAAAAAUACUAUGGUCAACUCCCAUAUAAAUUUAUUAUGAGAGAGAGAGGGAGAGAGAUAUUAAGACGUGGGAUAAUAUCUCUACAGAAAAUAAAAGCACACUAGUAUAACAUGCUCACAAAAUAGAUCAAAACUGUUAACCUACUGUUUCAGAACAAGCUAGAUGAAAUUUUAAAAAUGAUUUAAGAUGUGAAAGGACAGCAUAUAUUAGUACUGUAUAAACUCAGAAAUGUGACAGAAAUUAGGGAAGAAAUAAAAAUUAAAAAUUUCAGAACUGUAAACUAAACUAGAAGAAACACAAACGUGAAUAAACACAAAAAAUAAUGCCAUAAAGGAAAUAGAGGAUGAAAGUGAGGAUUUAAAAAAAAUUAUUUUAUUUAUUUAUUUUUGGCUGCAUUGGGUCUUCAUUGCUGUGCGCGGGCUUUCUCCAGUUGCAGUGAGCAGGGGCUACUACUCUUUGCGGUGCAUGGGCUUCUCAUUGCGGUGGCCUCCCUUGUUGUAGAGCACGGGCCCUAGGUAUGCAGGCUUCAGUGGUUGUAGCAUGUGGGCUCAGUAGUUGUGGCUCACAGGCUGUAGAGCACAGGCUCAGCAGUUGUGGUGCCUGGGCUUAGUUGCUCCGCAGCAUGUGAGAUCUUCCCAGAUCAGGGCUUGAACCUGUGUCCCCUGCAUUGGCAGGUGGAUUCUCAACCACUGCACCACCAGGGAAGCCUGAGGAUAUUUUUAAACAAAAUGAAAUAGAGGUAAAUAUUCAAGAGAAAGUAUCAAAUAUUGCAGAUAGGCAAAGAAAGUCCAACAUAUGGAUUAUAGGAGCUCCUGAAGAAGAAAUCCAAAGCACAGGACCAAAGCAAAUCCUAAACAGGGUAACUCAAGGGGACAUUCCUGAAAGUACAAUUUAAAAAAAAAAAAAUUGGGGCUUCCCUGGUGGCUCAGUGGUUGAGAGUCCACCUGCCGAUGCAGGGGACAUGGGUUCGUGCCCCGGUCCGGGAAGAUCCCACAUGCCACGGAGUGGCUGGGCCCACGAGCCAUGGCCACUGAGCCUGCACGUCCGGAGCCUGUGCUCCGCAACGGGAGAGGCCACAACAGUGAGAGGCCCGCGUACCGCAAAAAAAAAAAAAAAAAAUUUGUA